AUGUGUGAUUUUAUCUCACUUUUGACUUUAACUUUCUAUAUCUUCAUCUUUCAUUCAUUCAUUCAUCCAUGGAUUGCAGCACAAGAGACAAACUGCCAGAAAGCACGUUUAGAAGUCAAAGCGUCAGGUGAUCUUAAUGAUGUAUCAAGUUGUAAAUCAUUCUCUGGGUCGAUCAUCAUUAUGAAUUUGGAAGUACGAGAGAUUCAUCUUUCCUACCUCCGGCAAGUAGAUGGAGAUGUGAUUGUUAGUAAUCUUACUGAAUUGAAAUGGUUGGAUUUCCCAGUGUUACAUUCUAUUCAAGGCACACUCAAGCUUGACCACAAUCCGAAUUUGGAAACCAUCUCUGUCCCCAAAUUGAACUCUAUCGAUGCGAUGGAUAUGAAUAACUUGCCCACGUUGAAAUCAUUGUCUUUUCCAGCAGGACUUUCUCAUAUCAAUCAUCUCUCUGUAACGGAUACAGGUAUAACAACGAUCGAUGGUCUAUCCAGUUCAUCUAUUUCCGAUAUUAAUCUUGCUGGAAACUUACAGUUGAAUCACAUCAGUUUGGAUCAAUUAGAACAAAUUGAAUAUUCCUUUUAUAUUUCUAAUAAUGGUCAUCAAUUAUCUCUAAAUUUAUCAUCGUUGAAAAGAUUAGGACAAGGUACGUUUCAAUCACUGUCUAACAUAGACCUACAUCAGCUUCAUGAUAUCCAUGAGGAUCUUGAUUUUGCCGAAAACAUGAUGAUCAACCUUAGUUUGCCAAUGAUCACCGAACUCCCAGGUGCAUUGACCAUAGCCAACAAUACAAAAUUGGAAACUCUUUCAAUGCCGCAAUUAAUGAAAAUAGAUGGAGCAUUCAUCAUCACUGGUAAUCAUCAUCUCAACGUCAUUGACUCUUUUUCCCAUUUAGAACAGGUAGGCGGAUCCAUCGAAAUAGAUGGUCAGUUCGCUGACCUUCAGUUGCCAAAACUACAUGAGGUAUUUCAAUACAAAAAAAAAAAAAAAAAAAAAUUCAUGUCUUUUUGCUUUAUCAUCACUUAG